AUGCAGCAACGCGCACUCCUUCUCUCUGCCCUUGUGGCAGUGGCUCGCGCCCAGCAGGCUGGCACGCAGACCUCAGAGAACAAGCCCUCUCUGACUUGGCAAAAGUGCACGGCCAGUGGCUGCACUGAUCAAUCCGGAUCCGUCGGUAUUGAUGCCAACUGGCGUUGGGUUCACUCGACCGACGGAACCACCAACUGCUACACCGGCAACGAGUGGGAUGCGGAUCUCUGCCCCGACGACGAGACCUGUGCCACGAACUGUGCCCUGGAUGGCGCAGACUACUCUGGCACCUAUGGUGUGGAGGCUGACGGCGACUCUCUGUCGCUGACUUUCAAGACCGGCUCCAACGUCGGUUCUCGUCUGUUCCUGAUGGAGGACGACAGCACCUACCAGAUGUUCAAGCUGCUCAACCAGGAGUUCACCUUUGAUGUUGAUGUUUCCGCUCUUCCCUGCGGCCUCAAUGGCGCUCUGUACUUCGUUUCCAUGGAUGCCGACGGUGGCUUGUCCAAGUACGAGAACAACAAGGCCGGUGCCAAGUACGGAACUGGCUACUGUGACUCGCAGUGCCCCCGUGACCUGAAGUUCAUCAACGGACAGGGUAACGUCGACGGCUGGGAGCCCUCCGACAACGAUGCCAACGCCGGUGUUGGUGGGCACGGCUCUUGCUGCGCGGAGAUGGAUAUCUGGGAGGCCAACAAGAUCUCCACCGCCGAGGCUGGACAAACCAUGUGCGACGGCGACAGCUGCGGUGGCACCUACUCGUCCACCCGCUACGCCGGUACCUGUGACCCUGACGGAUGUGACUUCAACCCUUACCGCAUGGGUAACGAGAGCUUCUACGGCCCCGGCAAGAUUGUCGACACCAGCUCCAAGAUGACCGUUGUCACUCAGUUCAUCACUAGCGACAACACCGCCACCGGCACCCUCAGCGAGAUCAAGCGUAUCUAUGUUCAGGACGGCAAGGUCAUUGCCAACUCGGCUUCCGAUGUUAGUGGUGUCAGUGGUAACUCAAUCACCUCGGACUUCUGCACUGCGCAGAAGAAGGCCUUUGGUGAUGAGGAUGUUUUCGCUAAGUACAACGGCAUGUCUGGUAUGGGUGAGGGACUGGAGCAGGGUAUGGUUCUCGUCAUGAGUUUGUGGGAUGACCACAACUCCAACAUGCUCUGGUUGGACAGCACCUACCCCACCGAUGCCACUGCCUCUGACCCUGGUGUUGCUCGUGGUACUUGCGGUGCUGACUCUGGCAAGCCUACCGACGUCGAGUCUGCCUCGGCUGAUGCCAAGGUGGUGUUCUCGAACAUCAAGGUUGGCGCCAUUGGUUCCACCUACUCUUCUUAA